GUGGCACAUUGUAUCUUGAUAAGCUUAUAUUUUUAGGUAUUUGAAGCUAUAAUGUAUUUAUCCAAAACAACAUUCCUGUAUAAAACCGAAUCCAUCCGUAUCACUUUUAAAAACUUUAACAUGCAUGUAAUAUUAAGAACCACAACACGUACAAACUAGGUUUCAUUAGGCACCGCGUAUAUGUAUGCAUCCGAUAUAAAAGCGGCGCGUGCCUCAGCAGCAGGCGGACGCACGUCAUGCUCAUCGGAGUAUAAAAGAAUGUGCGCGCGCUGCAGAGCGCACAGAGGUGCGCGCGAGAGAGCCACUGAUGAGACGGCGCUCUCGCAGCCGGUGAAGUGAUUGCACAUGCCGGUGGUCACAAAUAACUUGAGGUAAAUUACAUGAAUGGAUUCGUUUCUCCCUUUGCAUCAUUUCACCAUGACAACGGACUGAGUGGAAGCCUGCCAUGGAGAGGAAUAAUACCACACAAACUCUGGAGUUGGGAGAAUGUGAGCACGCACUGGACACCAGCGUGGUGCUGGACAAUUGUACAGAUGCUGCCAGCGGGAACCUGUCUUUACGUUGCUGGCUACAUUUGUUGACAAAGGAGUCUAGUUCAACAUUACAAGGUGAUGGGUCUAGUUUGGCUGUGCGUGUGAUGAUCGCCCUCAUUUAUUCAGUGGUGUGCGCUCUGGGGCUUGUAGGCAACUCUCUGGCGCUCUACCUGCUGCAUUCGCGCUAUCGGCAGAAGCAGUCAUCUAUCAACUGCUUUGUGAUGGGUCUGGCUCUAACUGAUGUGCAGUUCGUCCUAACCCUACCGUUUUGGGCCGUAGACACAGCAUUGGACUUCCGCUGGCCAUUUGGCAAAGUUAUGUGCAAAAUCAUCAGCUCGGUCACCACUAUGAACAUGUACGCCAGUGUAUUUUUCCUGACUGCGAUGAGCGUGGCCAGGUACUAUUCCAUUGUGUCCUCGUUGAAGAUGCACAGUCGCCGAGCGGCGGCGGCUGCGGCCAAGUGGAUCAGCUUGGGCAUUUGGGUCGUCUCCCUGAUAGCAACUCUCCCACAUGCAAUUUAUUCCACGAUAGCCCAAGUUGCGCCAGAUGAGGAGCUGUGCUUAGUCCGCUUCCCUGAAACGGGAAGCUGGGACCCGCAGUUGCUGCUAGGACUGUACCAGUUGCAAAAGGUCCUGCUUGGGUUUUUGAUCCCACUGGUGGUGAUCACUGUUUGCUAUCUCUUACUUCUAAGAAUUGUUCUAAGCCGUAGGAUUAGCGGCGUGGCUGGCUCCGAAAGUGAGCAGGGGCGGCACAAGCGGCGCUCGAAGGUUACCAAAUCAGUUGUGAUCAUCGUCCUGUCGUUCUUUUUGUGUUGGUUGCCCAAUCAGGCCCUGACUCUGUGGGGCGUCCUUAUUAAGUUUGACCUGGUGCCCUUCAGCAAGGCCUUCUACAAUGCCCAGGAAUAUGCUUUCCCGCUGACUGUGUGCUUGGCCCACACAAACAGUUGCCUCAACCCAGUGCUCUAUUGCCUGAUCCGUCGCGAAUUCCGGGCCGGACUUAAAGAACUCCUGCUGAGGGCCACGCCGUCCUACCGAAGCCUUGCCCGGUUGCUCCCACGCAAGGCCAAAGUAGCCGAGGCACCUCCUGUACUGGUGCUUGUGCAGAUGGAUGUUUGAAAAAAGCGGCUCCUUCACGUUCAUCUUGGUUUUUGAUUGACAGGACGAAGCAGGCGUGAGGAACGUCCUUUGGGAGCUGCCCCACUUUCCCUUCCGCUCGUUCAGAAACACUUGUGCGCAUUUGUCUUUCUCUUUCAACUUCCACGUACCUUUUGACGCACAGCGGCUUUCACAUGCACCUCCGGUCAUCAGAGCCCUUGGGAAUUCAGGACCCAUUCACCUUUGUUUGCUUUGCUGCAUAUUAGUGGCAUAACUUAAGGAUUUUUUCUCCGAGACAUCUUUCCAGGGAGCGAUAAAUUAUCCAUGUGUGUUUUUCAGGCUUUGAAAAAAGAAGAAGAAGAAAAAAAAAUUUGAGCUGUAGAGGGGUCUAGUCUUCUCUCAUUUUGUGAGAUAUAAAAAAAUAUAUAUGUGGGGGACCACUGGUUAAACCAUCAAUCAUUCAAUACACUGUCAAUUAUGAUUUUACUUGCAGUUGUGUAGAAUUUUAUGAAGUUUCACAUUUUGAUUUGUCUUUCAAUGUAUUUACAUUUUAUAUUGUACAAAAAAACUAAACUAAUAAAAUACCUAACUAUGUAGUUAACUAACAAAAUGAUAAUUUUGUGAAUUAACAUUGACCAUUCAAACUGUGCAAGUGAUGAUGAUUGAAAGAGAAUCUGUUUUCAAUUUGACCUAUAACUGUUUCCAAUUCAUUUAAAUUAGUAUUAAACCAUAUAUAUAUAUACACACCACAAUAGAUUAGCAUAUUUAAACCAUUAAGGGAUAGUUCACUUAAAAAAUACAUUUUGUCAAUUUACUCACCCUCAUAUUGUUUCAAAUAAACUCCACACCCAGAAAACAGUAAAGGAGAUAUUUAGCAGAAUGUUCAAGCUGCUCUCUUCUUCACACUGUAAACAAACAUUAUUUUCAAUGACUUCUUAAGUCAUUUGAAAACUUCUGUGAGGAACGGCCUGUAAUUUAGGUCAGUAUGCAUUUAAAAAUCUCUCCUGAGAUCUCCUGAGUAGUCACCAUUCACUUUCAUUGUAUGAAAAACAGCAGCUUGGACAUUCUGCUAUAAAUCCUUUUGUGUCAAACAGGUUUUGAAAGACGUGAGGUGGAGUAAAUAACAGAAAGUGCUCGCUGAAAUCUUUCUUAUGUUGGCUAUAUCCUCAGGGACUUCAUCAAAAAAUACAGCUUUGGCAUAAAAUAUCUUUGUAGUAAUAUACUGUAUAAUAAAUCAUUUUCAAAUACCCAUUCCUAAGCCAUCAAACAGAAUAAAACAUUCAAUCUGAGAUAAUUAGUUUUAUGGGUUUAUUGACAACAAAAUGUAAGGCAAAGUUAAAGAGCGUUUACUCAUUAAUGACAUUAUUUAUUUAUUUUUAUUUACAUUUGUCAUUUAUUUUUUCAGCCUAAAUAUAUUCUUGCAUCAUUUCACAGUCAAUAUACAUUACAAUGCCAUUGCAGGCUUUGAGGCUUUAGUGAUUUGGUACCUUCUAAUACACACACUUGCACAUGCAUUGCACGCAGGGAGAAUAUCUUCUAGUAAAACGAUUUUAGCCUGGCAUCAUUAAUCAUUAGUCCUGCAAUCUUCUGAAACUCUUCUAAGGACAUUGUUCUUCUGACUGAACAUUUUCAGAUGAGACAGAUUUGACAAUUUAAGGCACUUUCGAUGGUUUAUCUCCUCAAUGAAAAUCAGGUCAUGA